AUGGGUAAUGUAAAUAACUGGACCGUUCAAUGUGUGCUGAUGGUGAACAUGUUUAAUGAAAAGAUAUUCAUUUUCCUGUGGUUCUGGUUCGCCAUGUUACUCUUCUGCACUUCAUUCAAUCUUUGCCGUUUGGAUUCUCGUCGACGAUACAGCAAAGCAGCUCGGGAAACCUUCCUCUAUAACGUUUUGACGGACAGUGGACUUGACACCACGGAAGUCGAGCGAGAGGAGUUCUUCCGCGAAGUGGUGCAGAACGACGGAUUGUUGGUGCUGUGGCUGCUUGACGCUAACGGUGGUCGCCUACAGUCCGGAGAACUUGCUCACCAGCUUUGGAUGUCGAAAUUCCCACAGAGUGAUGACAAAACGCUCUCUACCAUAGCCGAAGACGAAGCGCUACAUUUGAACGAUCAGCUUUGGAGGGAAAACUAUCCAAGUACUUGUUUUGGCUUACCUAACCUAUCUGUAACUUGUUUGCCGAGAGCAACUGAGCUCUCCUAA